AUGGAACGACCUCCCGCUACGGCGAUUGAGCGAGAUCAGUUGGUCGAUACAGGUAUAAUAUGGAAGCAUAACAUAAAGAAGUUUGGCGGCGCUUUCAGAGCGAGCAUGAUAGAGUCGUUUCAGGAGACAUUCAACAACCACUCGCGGAGGUUGGUCGAAAGCCUCAAAGCUGAGUGUAACGGUGCUCCCUUAGACAUUCAGCACAAGUAUCUCGCUAAAACAACGUUUAGAGCGGUCUGCGAAACAACCCUUGGGGUGAUUUCUUCCGAGGAUUUGAUCGAUGAGAAGUUCUUCCAAGCUUUUAUCCGAAUAACGGAGUUGAUGGCAGUUCGGCUCAUGAACAUUUUACUGCACUCGGACACUGUGUAUCGCCUGACAUCAUCAUACAAAGAAUUCGACUCUUGUAUCAGGACUGUCAAUAACGUUGUGGAAACGGUUAUAUUUCAAAAGGUAUGCGACAUGGAAAGUAAAACAAUAUCGAACAAGAAAGUACAAAAAGGUGUAUACUGCAGAAAGUCUGCCGCUUUGUUCCUCGAUGUUCUGUUGGAGCUGAUGGAAACGGAUUCCACUUUGACUGAAGAGCAGAUCAAACAAGAAGUGACCACGAUUUUGCUAGCGGGCCAUGAGACCACUGCGUCUGCUCUCAAUUUCAUAUUCCUCAUGCUUGGGUGUAAUCUUGAUGUUCAGCGCAAGUUACACGAAGAGAUCCAGAACUUAUUUGGCGACUCUAAACGUGCGGUCCUGAAAGAAGACCUCAAUAAAUUGGUCUACUGCGAAGCUGUCAUUUUGGAAACGCUACGUUUGUACCCACCGGUGCCGUGCGUACUGCGUUACGUGGACCACGACCUGCAGCUCAGGACGACCUGCGCUUUUAACAUUUGGGGCAGCGGCCACUCCAAACGCGUUUGGGGUCCCGACGCCCUUUUAUACAGGCCCGAGCGUUGGCUGGAUCCCUCUAUGACUCCUAAACAGGCUUCAGCAUUUCUAAGUUUCAGUGCCGGCAAGAGAGUGUGCAUCGGUAAGAGAUUAACUUUAAAUCUCGGAUUUAUG